UGCCUCGCAGAGAGUGUGAGAACGUGCUCUAAGUGGAUGUGUAAAUUAUUGUAUUAAAAUCUGAUACAAGUCUAAAAAAUAAGGUCUACUUUUACGUUUCGUUGCCACCCAGUUACGUAAAUCAAUUUUCUAAUCUGAGCUGUAUUAUUUAAUGUUUAUUACAGAUUUAAACAUGUUUAAUGCAUCAAAUGCCGGUUGUGUACCAGAAAGGGAAUUCCAUAAUAAUUGUCCAGCUCACAGAGCUUGCAGAGAUGGUGAUAUAGCUUCAUUAAGCAGAAUUUUGCAGUCUGAACCAAGUCUUGCAAUGAUGCAGGAUCCCUAUCGAGGUUUGACACCUAUUCAUUGGGCAGCACUCUUUGGACAUCUGGAUUGUAUAAGACAAGUUGCUUCUGUAGAACCUCGUGUUGUCAAUGUCCAGUCGUUCAGGUAUUUCUUAACCCCUAUACACUGUGCUUCUGAGGCUGGACAUCCACAUUGUGUUCUAUGGCUGUUGCAGGCAGGAGCAAAUCCUGAAGUCAAAGACGUUUCUGGGGAAACUGCUUUGCACAAAGCCUCAAGCAAAGGACAUGCGGAAUGUGUUAGUUUGUUAAUUGCAGCACCAUGUAAUGUUAGUGUUCAAAAUUCAAAUGGUCAGACAGCAAGUGCUUUAGCAGAAAUAUCUGGAUAUCCUGCCAUAGCGGAGUUUAUUCGAAAGAGUGAAUUUGCUUCGCUUAAUGACUUUCAAAGAAGAAUUCUUUCAGAACCAACUUUUACCAUGCAUAGAUUGAGUCGAAAAAGGACACAUGAUGCCAUGUACCAAGGAACAGUUAAGAGGAUAUGUUCAGGAGAUAUAUCUGAAAGGAUCAUGAGUACUCCCAUUGUGCCUCUGAGUGGAUUAAUGAAUCCAAUGCAAACUAGUGUUAUUGAACACGAAAAACUACGCAGAGAAGAAUGUGGUUAUUCAGAUUCUUUAAUGGAUAUGUAUUUUAGUGAAUUUCAUGGAUGUUAAAAAAAGUUGUUGGGUGUUAGUAAUUUUUUAAUAUUUUUUUCAAUGUUCAUUUCUGUUUGUUUUUGUACAAUAAAAUAUAAAACCAGA